CGGGCUGUGUGUCCGUGUGGGGUGUGCCCGCUCGCCUCCCUGCGCGGCUCGGCCGCUGCCGCCCGCUGGGACAGCUUCAAAGGCAAACUGGAAUCCCGCAAGCUCUUGACUAUUGCAUAGACCGCCCCAAGCCUGCCCGUGUGGCUGUACUUUUUGGAAAAAAGAGAAGGGGGAAAAAAAGGCAGACACAAGAAACAGGAAAGCCCCCAAAGCCUUGUAGCUGGGAUUACCUUGUUCACACCUGUCACCACUGAUGUCCUCUCAAGGUCAGAAUUCGAGCUACGAGAGGCCAGCUUAAAGCAAACGCCAUGUGAACAGAGCUCUAUGAAGGAACAGCAGGCACUGGAAGGAGGACAGGAGUGCCCACAGGAACAUGAACAACAGCUUGCAAGUUAACCUGCCCAGGACUUGGGCUGGUUCAAACAGCUCACUCCAGGAGAAGUCUGAGCAUUCCUUUUUUCUUUUCUAUUACUAUAGGAUGGAGGACGAGGCGGUACUGGAUAGAGGGGCUUCCUUCCUUAAACAUGUAUGUGAUGAAGAAGAAGUGGAAGGUCACCACACGAUUUACAUCGGGGUCCAUGUGCCAAAGAGCUACAGGAGGAGGAGGCGUCACAGAAGAAGACCUGGGCACAAAGAAAAGAAAGAAAAGGAGAAAAUCUCGGAGAACUACUCUGACAAAUCAGAUGUAGAAAAUGCCGAUGAGACAAGCAGCAGCAUCCUUAAACCACUCAUCUCCCCCGCCGCCGAGCGCAUCCGCUUCAUCCUCGGAGAGGAAGAUGACAGCCCCGCGCCCCCGCAGCUCUUCACCGAGCUGGACGAACUUCUGGCUGUCGAUGGACAGGAGAUGGAGUGGAAGGAGACUGCAAGGUGGAUCAAGUUUGAGGAGAAGGUAGAACAAGGUGGGGAGCGAUGGAGCAAACCGCAUGUGGCCACCUUGUCUCUGCACAGCCUGUUCGAGCUGAGGACAUGCAUAGAGAAGGGCUCCAUCAUGCUGGAUAUGGAGGCCUCUUCCCUCCCACAGGUCGUGGAGAUGAUCGUUGACAAUCAGAUUGAGACCGGGCUGUUGAAAUCCGAACUGAAGGACAAGGUCACCUACACACUGCUCAGGAAGCACCGGCACCAGACCAAGAAGUCCAACCUGCGCUCGCUGGCGGACAUUGGAAAGACCGUCUCCAGUGCAAGUAGGAUGUUUUCCAACCCCGAUAAUGCACGCAGCCCGCUCGAGAGCUCCGUGCCCUGCCUGGCCACCCGCACCUUGGACGAUGAACUGGGAGUGCAGCGCAGCCCCAGCGUGGGAUGGCUCAGCAGCCCAGCCAUGGCUCACCGAAACCUGACUUCCACCAGCCUCAACGACAUCUCGGACAAGCCUGAGAAGGACCAGCUGAAGAAUAAAUUCAUGAAGAAAUUGCCUCGGGACGCUGAGGCCUCCAAUGUGCUGGUCGGGGAGGUGGAUUUCCUGGAGAGCCCCUUCAUCGCCUUCGUGCGGCUGCAGCAGGCGGUCAUGCUGGGAGCUCUCACUGAGGUCCCUGUUCCCACACGAUUUCUCUUCAUUCUGCUGGGACCAAAGGGCAAAGCAAAGUCCUAUCAUGAGAUUGGCCGAGCCAUUGCCACGCUGAUGUCGGAUGAGGUAUUCCAUGACAUUGCCUAUAAAGCCAAGGACCGUCAGGACCUGAUCGCAGGCAUCGAUGAAUUUCUGGAUGAAGUCAUCGUGCUCCCCCCUGGGGAAUGGGAUCCAGCUAUUAGGAUAGAGCCCCCCAAGUCUCUCCCUUCUUCGGAUAAGAGGAAAAACAUGUACUCUGGUGGGGAGAACCUGCAGAUGAACGGAGACACACCCCACGAUGGGGGGCAUGGCGGCGGCGGCCACGGCGACUGCGAGGAGCUGCAGCGGACGGGCAGAUUCUGUGGGGGCUUGAUCAAAGACAUCAAGAGGAAAGCACCGUUCUUCGCCAGCGACUUCUACGACGCUUUAAAUAUCCAGGCGCUCUCAGCCAUCCUCUUCAUCUACCUGGCCACUGUCACCAAUGCCAUCACUUUUGGGGGAUUGCUUGGGGAUGCUACAGAGAACAUGCAGGGCGUGUUGGAGAGCUUCCUGGGCACGGCUGUCACCGGCGCCAUAUUUUGCCUUUUGGCUGGUCAGCCCCUCACCAUUUUGAGCAGCACAGGGCCUGUCCUGGUCUUUGAGCGGCUCCUCUUCAAUUUCAGCAAGGACAACGAUUUUGACUACCUGGAGUUCCGCCUCUGGAUCGGCCUCUGGUCAGCCUUCCAGUGUCUCGUUCUCGUUGCCACCGACGCCAGCUUCUUGGUCAAGUAUUUCACCCGCUUCACCGAAGAAGGAUUUUCCUCCCUGAUCAGCUUCAUCUUCAUUUAUGAUGCUUUCAAGAAGAUGAUCAAGCUGGCAGAUCAUUAUCCCAUCAACUCCGAGUUCAAGGUGGACUAUAUCACGCAUUACUCUUGUGCCUGUAAACCACUAGAUCCAGUUAAUAGCUCAUUACUUAACAGGACAAUGGUGCUGUCAGACUUUGAGCUGGUGUCUCCCUCUUCCGAGCUGGACAACACCACCAUUGACUGGGCAGCUCUGACAGCCAAGGAGUGCUUGAAGUAUGGGGGACAACUUGUGGGCAACAACUGUGACUAUGUCCCUGACAUCACCCUCAUGUCUUUCAUCCUCUUCUUUGGCACUUACACCUGCUCCAUGGCCCUGAAGAAAUUCAAGACCAGUCGCUACUUUCCCACCACUGCCCGGAAGCUCAUCAGUGACUUUGCCAUUAUCCUGUCCAUUUUGAUUUUCUGUGGAAUAGAUGCCCUGGUUGGUGUGGACACACCAAAACUAAUUGUGCCAAGUGAAUUCAAGCCAACCAGUCCUGAGAGGGGUUGGUUUAUCCCACCCUUUGGAGGAAACCCGUGGUGGGUGUACCUGGCAGCGGCCAUCCCUGCCCUGCUGGUGACCAUCCUCAUCUUCAUGGACCAGCAGAUCACUGCUGUCAUCGUCAACAGGAAGGAGCACAAGCUUAAGAAGGGUGCUGGAUAUCAUCUGGAUUUGUUCUGGGUGGCCAUUCUGAUGAUUGUCUGCUCCUUUAUGGGGCUGCCCUGGUACGUGGCUGCUACUGUCAUCUCCAUCGCUCACAUCGACAGCUUGAAGAUGGAGACGGAGACUUCAGCCCCUGGAGAACAGCCCAAGUUUUUGGGAGUGAGGGAGCAGAGAGUCACUGGAGUCAUCGUUUUCAUCCUGACUGGAGUGUCUGUCUUCAUGGCUCCCAUCCUGAAGUUCAUUCCCAUGCCUGUGCUCUAUGGUGUCUUCCUCUACAUGGGAGUUGCAUCCCUCAACGGCGUGCAGUUCAUGGAUCGUCUGAAGCUGCUCUUGAUGCCUCUAAAACACCAGCCUGACUUUAUCUACCUGCGCCACGUCCCGCUGCGCCGGGUACACCUCUUCACCUUCCUGCAGGUGGUGUGCCUGGCCCUCCUCUGGAUCCUCAAAUCCACUGUGGCCGCUAUCAUAUUCCCUGUCAUGAUCUUGGCCCUGGUGGCAGUCAGAAAAGCCAUGGACUACCUCUUUUCCCAGCAUGACUUAAGCUUUCUUGACGACGUCAUUCCAGAAAAGGACAAGAAGAAGAAAGAGGAUGAGAAGAAGAAGAAAAAGAAGAAGGGCAGUAUGGACAGUGACAAUGAUGAUGAGAAAAAUCACCGACAUUCCUUGAACGCCACACAUCGUGCUGAUACAAUUCCCUUCCUUCAAUCACACGCCAUGCCAAGCCCUCCACGAACUCCAGUAAAAGUUGUGCCUCAAAUUAGAAUAGAACUUGAGCCUGAAGACAAUGGUUAUUUCUGGAGGAGCAAGGGAACAGAAACUACUUUGUAAUUUGUCUGUCUGUCCAAUCUUUUACAAAUUCAUUUUGUCAGUAGCCAAAUGUUAAGAAGCUCCCUGCUCCCGCCGGUGAAGGUAAUUGAGCCACCCCGCUGCCCCUCCCUGCCCGCGGCCCCAGGUCUGUCCGGGUCCCCGCGCUGCCCAGGACUCGGAUUGCCUUCUCCUCGGCUCCGAAGCGCAGCGAGGGCAGGAGCGUUACAGAUGUCAUGUCGGACCUGUGGGAAUGCCAGAGGCACUGGCUGUUGUGCACCGGUGUUUGUCUGGCAGAACAGAGCUGACCUCCAGGCUAAUUCCAUGUCUGCUCCCACUGCUCAGAGAUGCUGGAACAUGCUGCUAACCCUCAUGUGCUCUCACCUGUAGAUAAAAGAGAAGGUACUUCACUCCCAGCACAGACAGACCAUUGCCAUCGCUGUAGCAUGUUUGGAAAUGUCCCUUUCCUAUGCAAUUUUUUUUUAAAGAAACACUUUAAUGGACUUAAUCCGUCAGGUACAUGGAAGAGUGUUAUUUUCCUAGAUUAUUUUGUUUAAGUUAUGGGGGCCUAACCUAUGACUUCUUUUUUUUUGACAAUUUUUUUAACCUUUUUUUAAUUACUGUAAAGAAAAAUGAAUUUUUUUCCUGCAGCAGGAAACAUAUAGUUAUGAGUAGUUCUACCUCUUAUUUCUAGAUGCCAGGCUUUCUGUAAAAAAAUGUAUUGUACCAUAUAUAAUGUGAUUUUUACAAAAAACAAACCCACGACAUCACACCACAAUCUCCAGGACCUGCAUAGAGCUGGAUCAGUUCAGUUAACACCUUCUGCUCCAAAGCAUCUGUUUUUCUUAGGGUUAUGUUGGUUUUUUGGAGUUUUUUUAUGAGUAAUCCCUGCUGUGAAGGAGACUUAAAUCUCUCAUGAUCUUAGAAGAGUCUUAAAGACACUGUUGGUCCAACGCUACAGACAGAUGCUGGUUAUAUCCCUGUUGUUGAUUUCGGACAUGGGAUCACUCCAUGAUUUCCAUGGGACACCGGUGUGUGUGUGUGUGUGUGCAGUGAGAAGACCCGAGGUGUGGCUCAGGCACAGCGGACGAGGAGGAAGAUGAAGGUGGCCUGCUGGGAUGUUCGUCCCGACACUCGGAUUCGCAAACAUCCGCAUCCUCCUGCAUCCCACACCUGUCUACCAUCAUCUACAGAAUUUACCCUAAACCUUGGCUACUCAGCCCCAGACCCAGCGAUGCAGCAAGACUAAGCAGGCCAGGCACGGGCAUCCCAGGAUUUUGGGGUGGAAGCAAGCGAGUGAGCAUCACCUCAGGAGAGAGGUUUUUCUCUCCGUAAUGUGUUUAUACUGGUGCGUGCAUGUGAACAUGCGUUUGGGAAACUGCACUUCACCAGGACAUGGGGGAACACACUAAAAGCUUCAUCCAAAAAUGAAAAACAAAACAAGAAGAAAAAAUACCCCAGCUCUCCAGGUGAAUUCCCUGAUGGAGACAAUCCCGUAACAGAGGAUGGGCACAUGCUGCCACUUAGUCCUUGCGAAACCAAAGUCUGGGUUGGUGAAGUCAAGAGGAUUUUCUGAUGGUGCUGAGACCUUAAUGCCAAAUUUUACCAUCUGCUCCCACAUAGGAGCCAUCACCUCCAUACAGCCCCUGCUCGCUCUCAAGGGGUCUCCCAUUUCCAUGAAAUCUGUGUUGGGUAACCCAGGAACCUGGCUGCAACCCACUCUGAAAAUGCUGGGGAGACUUGGGAAAGACCUGAAGAGGAGUAGCUCUGGGAUCCCUUCUGCUGCUGGAGGACAGGUAACUUGGGAAGUGUGAUGCCAGCUUUAGCCAGUGAGCUCCAUCUCUUGGUGAACACCUGCUCCUGGCUCACCAUGGGGACGCAGGCUCGAGCGUUGCCUGCAGAGUACACAGGAGCUGCUUGGGUCCUGCCCAGACUCUGGAUGUGUAGUAGUCCCAGAGGAAAGGUGCCCUCAGGUGGAUCCCAGGGGCUCUCCCGGUCAGUUCGACAGGCACAGCUUCCAUCUGCUGGUGCCUGGUGACCUGUCUCCCCAAAAAGGAGGUGAGGUCUUUGCUUCCGAACCAUGUUAAAUGCACUUGAAGUGUCCUGACUGCUGAUGUAGAUCUUUGUGUUGUGUUUUUUGUGUUGUGCCGAGAGCAGCGCUGCCGACAGGACAAAGGGUUCUCUGGGGCUUUCCAUGAGAAACACCCACCGCAGCAGGGAAGAGCCUGCAACAUGGCAAGGAAAGGUUCUCUGCACGCCGUAUGCCUUCGAAAAUAACUAAAACAUCCUUUCAAUCCAAAUUAGGCAUUUUGUCAGAAAAGCCUGGGGGUGGGCGCUUCAGGGAGCAGAUGUGGAGACUGACCCAAAGCCCUCCAAGAUCAGAGGCAGCCGUCAGAAAUGACCUUCCCCCAGCAAAUCCAAGGUCCCAGCUCACGGUGGGACGCGUGAUGGCCGCUGGCUACAGCCAGUUCUGUCCCUGCCCGGCCUGCACUGCCCCCUCCCCUGGGCUGAUACACCUUUGUGUCUGUAUUGGAAUCAAGUCGCACUUUCAGAUACUUUCAUUAUUGUUUUUAAUUCUCCUAAGUCCGUGUUUGCUUUGGAGGAGAGAAUGAGAGCUUAGGAUGAAACGAAGUGGAUCAGGUGGUGGAACUAAAAGGAAAAAAGCAGAAAACAUUUCAAAUAUAUUAAAGUGAUGAUUUUUUUUUCCAGUAAUAUAAAACAUGAAAUUCCUUAUAACAUUAUAGUAUUUUACAGUUUUAUGAAGCUUUCUAUUGUGACUUUUAUGGAAUCAAAAGAUGAAGAUGAUGAGAUAUUUUAGCAUUUAUAUUUUUCAAAAUUAAAUGUAUACUGAAAAUAAAGUAACUUUAUGCAUUUAUGGGA